CCACUUUUAAAAAUAUAAUUAAUAAAAAAAAAAACGAAAAUGGCAUUAAUGCGCCACGUAACCCCUCAAUCUCUCCUUCACUCUUCUCUGUUGUCUUCAAAACUCCCUGCUUCCAAGUCUCGCUUCUCCUUCUCUGUCAAAGUUACAGGUACAAUGGCUUCCUCUAAUAAGAAGGUUUUGGUGCCGGUCGCGAAUGGAACGGAGCCGAUGGAGGCGGUGAUAACUAUCGAUGUGUUAAGGAGAGCCAGCGCUGACGUUACUGUAGCUUCUGUUGAGAAGCAGCUUCGUGUUGAGGCUGGCCACGGCGUUAAGAUCAUCGCCGAUUCUCUCAUUUCUGAUUGCUCGGACGCCGUUUUUGAUCUUAUUUCUCUCCCUGGAGGCAUGCCGGGCGCUACCAACCUUAAAAAUUCUGGCGCCUUGGAAAGCAUGGUGAAGAAGCAGGCUGCAGAUGGCCGGCUUUAUGCAGCGGUUUGUGCUUCUCCUGCAGUGGCUCUUGGCUCAUGGGGUGUGCUAAAGGGAUUAAAGGCAACUUGUUACCCAUCAUUUAUGGAGCAGUUGCAAUCUUCUGCGACGGCUGUUGAAUCAAGGGUGCAACAGGACGGCGUAGUUGUCACAAGUCGCGGACCUGGCACUACCAUGGAGUUUGCUGUUGCGCUGGUUGAGCAAUUGUAUGGGAAAGAGAAGGCUAAUGAAGUUUCUGGUCCUCUGCUGAUGCGUACCAACCAUGGGGAUGAAUAUACCAUAAAGGAGCUAAAUCCAGUUGAGUGGACCUUUGAUAAUAUUCCUCAGGUUCUUGUGCCUAUUGCUGAUGGUACAGAGGAAAUGGAAGCUAUUAUGAUAAUCGAUAUUCUACGACGAGCUAAGGCAAAUGUUAUUGUGGCCUCCGUUAAGGACAAGCUGGAAGUUUUGGCUUCUCGUAAAGUUAAACUAGAGGCAGAUAUGCUCCUUGAUGAGGCUGCUAAACUUUCAUAUGAUCUAAUUGUCUUACCUGGUGGGCUGGGUGGUGCCCAAGCAUUUGCAAAAUCAGAAAAGCUGGUUAAUAUGCUAAAGAAACAGAGGGAAUCAAAUAGACCAUAUGGAGCAAUAUGUGCAUCUCCAGCUUUAGUCCUGGAGCCUCAUGGCUUGCUUAAGGGUAAAAAAGCCACAGCUUUUCCUCCGCUGUGCGAGAAGCUGUCAGAUCGAAGUGAAACCGAGAACAGGGUUGUGGUUGAUGGCAACCUCAUUACUAGUAGAGGGCCUGGAACUUCAAUGGAGUUUGCGUUGGCAAUUGUUGAGAAGCUGUUUGGACGACCGAAAGCACUGGAACUUGCAAAGAUAAUGCUUUUCACACACCCAUAGUACUUACAUUUUCAUGCUUCUACUACUGUUUGAAAAGAGUUAUUACUUUAGUUACUGUGCUAUAGAAGAGAGAGACAUGGGAGAGCCGAAUUCAUAUUUGACAUGAAUUCAGGUUACACUGUUGCGGUUAUAUCAGUAUGAUUUCUUUUGUUUAUAAAUAAAUGAGUGAGAACCUACUGAUUUGUGCUUGU